AUGUUUAGAUUAUGGAAACGUUUCACAAUCGGGAGAAUAGUAAGAAACGGACUGGCGUCCCCUGGCGGUACGGCUGGUUCCCCGGGUCGAACGCUGUCGCCCGACGUGGCCACGGACGAUUCAACAUCGUCCUUAUCAUCGACAAGUCCGAGAGCGGCAUCACCUCAUCAGAACAUGUUGGAUUUUACGACAAAUCCAAAUCCGACAUUGCCCUCACCGAGCAUGUUGUCGUUUUUGAAUCUCAACAUGGAAUCCGCCGCAAGGAACACUUCUUCCGGUUUAGUACUCGGUAGUCCGCCAUUAGCGGCCCUACAUUCAAUGACAGAAAUGAAAAGUCAAGCGUUAUUACAUUCACAGAGUCCUAGUUACGGUUCGUCAAAUAAUCACGUAGGUAGUCCCGGAAGUGGGAAAGCUAGUCCAACGAGUUCCGCCGGUUCGAGCGGCGGCGGAGGCUCACACAAUCCUCACGGAAUAGACAACAUAUUGUCGAGACCGGCUCCAGUCACGGCAUCGUCAUUACCCAGAGCUUUCAAUAUGGCAGCAGCAGCUGCCGGAAUGGCAGCCGCUAGUUAUUUUCAUCAUCAUUCUGCGGCGGCCGCAGCCGCUAACAAACACCAUCACCUAACGGCCGAACUAACGUCGAGAGGAAGCAUAUACUGGCCAGGAUUGCCAGCCCUAGUCUCAAAUCCCAUUGCCUGGAGGGAACGGAUUUCAAAUAGUGAGUUUUUUAUUUUAAAUUUAUCUAUUUCGUGA